GACCUAUGGGAGCUCGUGUGGGCAGGGCCUGUCCCGGCAGGGACCGGGGCGUGUCCGGGCGCUGCGAGGAUGUUCGCCUGCGGCGGCGGCGGCAGUGGCCGCUCAGGCUCGCCAUGGUCUGAGGCGCCGCGAUGAACGGAGCGGUCCCGUCGAUUUUUGACCCCAAGAAGCGGGUGUUGCAGCUGGGCGAGAGCUUUGAGAAGCAGCCGCGCUGCGCCUUCCACACCGUCCGAUAUGAUUUUAAGCCUGCAUCUAUUGAUAUGUCCUGUGAAGGAGACCUUGAAGUUGGCAAAGGUGAACAGGUGACAAUAACACUGCCAAAUAUUGAGGGCUCAACUCCACCAGUGACUGUGUUCAAGGGCUCAAAGAAGCCUUACCUAAAAGAAUGUAUUUUAAUUAUCAACCAUGACACUGGAGAAUGUCGCCUAGAGAAACUUAGUAGCAACAUCACUGUGAAAAAAACCAGAGCUGAAGGAAGCAGUAAAGUCCAGUCUCGCAUAGAGCAACAACAGCAGCAAAUGCGAAAUGCAACUAAGGGUCCAAACAACAUGAAAAGCUCUCCACCAAAAGACAAGAUAUUUCCUCCUUCUCCUAUGGAUGAUAUUGAACGAGAGCUAAAAGCAGAAGCCAGUAUCAUGGACCAGCUGAGUAGCUCUGACAGUUCAUCCGAUUCUAAAAGCUCUUCGUCGUCUUCAUCAAGCAGUGAAAACAGUUCCAGUGAUUCCGAAGAUGAAGAAACGAAGCCCUCUCUUCCUAUGUCAAUGCCUUAUUUGCAGGCACAGCCUACUGUGUCUGCCAUACCACAACAGGCUGUCUCUGAUAAAGAUGCCAGUCAUAACCGAUCCCAAGAGAGCAGUGGUCAUAUGAUGAAUACACUACGUGAUACUAUCUUACUCCACCCAUCAAGGCAACUAAAAAUAUAAUUUGAGGAGAAGCUGGGAUGUUCUUCAAGAAGUAAUUGCUGCACAACCUGGAACUGAAUGCUCACUGUAUUCCAAAACAGAGUUUGGACAGGAAAAAAAAAAUCCCAGUAGCCAGAGAAUCUUAAGGUUGCUACCUAAAAAGUAGGAGUGUUCAGACAUAGAAGUGAGUAUUCAACUGUGGUGACUCGUUAAAAAUUAUUACAUUUUUAAUUAGGUGCUUAGCUGUAGGCUUUUGGUUUGAAGAGAUUUCCAUCAAUCCUGGUUUGCUGCCUGAGAUCUCGAAGGUUUUUCAUUUAUAUGUAAACUUGUUGUACUGAAAUUGUAGAUUCUGGUAGUUCUACUUUUAUUUCAGUACUUAAUGGAUAACACGAACAGGUUUUUUUCCUAGCUAGUAUUUAAAUACUUAAUUAAAUACCUGUGCUGAUUAUUUCUGUGCUGUAUUAACAGAUAAGAUCAGACCAAAAAGUCCUGUGACUUUGUGUACAUGUGCUGCUUUCAUUCUACUGUCAGUGUAGAGAACAAUGUCUCCAUGUUUAUAAUUUGUGUAACUUUGGAGUGUGCCGUUUGUUUCAACCCUUGCUCACAAAUGAGAUUUCCAGUUCUUCAUGCUUUAAAUAAAACUGUUAGGAAAACAAGAUCAAGCUCUAUCCCCGCUGACAGAAUCCCAGCUAGCAAAGCUUCCACUGAAAAAUACACUUAGCAGUGCAGGUGGCCAAGUCCACCACUUCCAACAUCUAUAGCAAGAAAGUGCUGUUUAAAACAUGACAACAUUAAAAUGUUAGAGGAGAAGAAUGGUGGCUUGAUGGUGCUCAAGGACAGUAUGACAGGUACAACCUCUGUGGCAUAAUGCCUUGGGCUUGGCUAUCUGUGCUUGCCUAGAUCUUUAGCUUAAUCCCCUUUACUUCUGUUAUGGUUACAAAUCUAUUUACUGCUUAAAACAGUUGUGCCCUCAGCUUCCCAUGUGGUUACUGCUUGAAAUACACUUUAAAGUAAGCAUUUUGAUCUUUGUCUAAAGUAGAAUGAGUUUCUCUAGCUCCCUUGCUGAGGGAUUUGGCAGGAUAGUGACAUCUGGAAAAACUAAACGGAUAGCACAUGGUUCUAGCUUGAAUGGCAGGAGCUCUCGGGGUCCUGUACAGUUGUUUUUUUCCAUGUCAAAUAAUGUUUUAUGAAAAUUAAGAUAUUGAACUGACAAAUGUCAGCACAAGCUGUUUGCAUGUCUGAUCCUGUUCUGAGGUUUGAUUGCUUAUGUGCGUGACUAGUUUUGUGUGCCUCUGUGGAACGGGGACCAUCCUGGGUAAUUAAAGGAGCUUUCCUUUUGGCUUGCUGUGUGCAAGCAGAAGGCUGGGGGAAGGGUUAAAGAGUAGUGUUUGAUCUUGCACGUAGAAAUCAUACAGCUGAGGUUUUGUGGAAAUUGGAGAACAUGGGAGGUGGUGUCUAGGGCAUGGUAACCAAAUACGUCCAUCAGAUAUACAAAAUCUACAUCUUCUGGAAUCCAGAGCUCAAGACUGCCUCUCACCCCCAAAAUCCUGCUUCUCCUUUCUACCUUCAGAAGGUGACUCUAUAGACUCACAUCUUGCCUUAAAACAAAGUUUGUAAACGGUGACUCUAAUGAAUCUGUUCUUCAUAAGUAUUUGAUCAUAGCUGCCUUACAAACCACUUGUUUAAAUAAAGUUGCAUUAACUUUCCAAAGAACAGACAGAGUAGAUUUGCUAUUUUGGGGCCAUAUGUACACAGUAUUCAGCACAACUUCAGUUCGUCUUUUGUUACUUGGUGCUUGUACCAGCAGCUAGUCAUGAAAUAAUCUUCCCUUGUGUUAGUUUGGUGUUGGUUUGCCCACUAAGAUCUGUGAAAAUUGGGUCAUUCCUAUGAGUUUCCCCACCCCCUAUAACUCAAUCAAAUGCAUUGUAGUAAUUGAUUUUAAAGUUUAGGAAAUGGUGUAAUUUGCAGUGCAACUGAUUCCCCCAAUUAAUAUUGCUAAUAAGCAACUGGCACUGUGAAGUAGGAAUUCAAGAGUCUUCCCCAUUGUAUUGCUGUCUCUUAUGUUCAAUAGAGUGUAGAUGUCUCUUCAGAGUCAUAGUUAUAAAUGAACUUUCCGGUCUCACACCAAACCCAUCUGCAAACUUCCAAGUCCAGUCUGUGUUAUUUUGCCAUCUCUCUGAAGGUGUUUUUUUGGAGGUAGGGUUAUAAAAUCAGGGCAGAAAGAUUCCCCUGAAGUAAAUCCUAAUGUUUUAUUACUUACUCUGGAACUU